UCUGAGGAAGGCCUCCCAAAGGAACAAGGGCCAAUAAAAAAUAAAAGGUCUCCGCUGGUGAAUUUAAACCUAAGGCCAUUUAAAACCAAACACAACGCCAGGAGCCACAUCUCAGUCCCCCAGGACAUCAUGUCUGCCAGGAAGGACAAGGAGAUGGAGAAGACACCUCAAAGUAAGCAGAGAGGAAAAGAGACGGGCAGCAAGGAGACACACAACUACCACACACCAUUGCUUCCAGCAAAAGAACCCAUGCCUUUGAAUGUACAAAGACCUGAGAGGACUGAGUGCCAAAUCUCAGAAGCCUUGGAGUACCCUCGGACUCCUGUCCCCUGGUCCAAACUAAGGGCAAGCAGGAUGCAACAAGAUCCUGGAGCAGGCGAUGGGGAAGGAUCUUCAUUCUCCACAUCCACAAAUGUGCGUGAAGAAACUGAGACUUCUUCAGCUGUCGGAGUGGCAGCGGGAGGAGAUGGAGACCACCAAGCCCAGCAGAUGGAGAGCGUUGCACAAGUCAAAAAGAAGGUCAAGUUUCUGUGCCCGGACCAGCAGUCCAAUAGAUUAGAGGCAACCGAUGUUCUUGAGAACUUCCUGGGUCAGUUUCUAACUUAUCUGCAUGAGUGCCCAGACAGACCCUACUUUAGGAACAUUGAAGAACUGGCCCUGGGAGGCAGCUACGAGUAUGAAAAGUUCCUCCAUCCAGGCGAGUUUGAAGUGAUGCUGAGGAUCUCUGUUCCAGACUGCAUUCACUACACUGAGGUGGAGGGCUACAGUGGCCUCUUUUACACCUUGACUCUCUUGAGGAAGUCUCGCAGCUUCCCAGCAGCCUUUCUUCUGGAAGACGGGAGGACCAUCUCCUCAAGGAACAUUAUGGAGGAAUUCUGGAAGCAGGUGGACCACUUUGCAAAUGUUUCUUACUCAGUGCCUUUCCCAGGUUGGCAGGUGAGGCUGGAGAAGAAGACGCCCAACUGUCCUGCAGUGACCUUAGUGAUGCUGGAUAACCAAGGUGCCAAAUACCUGUUGCUGAGCCUCAUCCCUACUCUCGAGGUCUCAGGCCCCUGGCCAUACCUGAGGAAGGCCAAGGAGAUCCUUGAAGAGAAAGAACCGCUUCUGCCUCUCAUGAGGGUGUUUUAUUUCAUAGCCAAGCAGUCUCCUGGAAAGCACAACAAAGAGACCUGGAGAAUUUCUUUCUCUCACGUGGAAAAGGAGAUCCUAAACCGCCACGCCAGCCCCCAAGCCUGCCGAAGGUACCAUGGGAAGGAGUGCUGCCGGAAGGACUGUCUGAAGAUGUUGGAGGACCUUGUGACGGCUCUCAAGACGGAGUACCCCCAGAUGUUGGCUCACCUGAGUACCUACCAUGCCCAGACCUCCUUCCUGCACACCCUUUGGGAGUGGAAGGACAAUGCCAACUGGAAGCCCUGCGAGGCGGCUCCAUGUUUUGAGAGGGUCUUGGAGAACUUCCUUUAUGAAGUGGCCACCGCUCAGCUCUCCCACUUCUUUCUUCCCAGAUGCAACCUGUUUGGGGCAAAGUUCUUCCCUCCCACGAAACUGAAAUUCCUGUGGUCCCACCUGAAAGAGAAGGAGAAAGAAGGAAGGAUGAAGACCGCCGCUGUCUCCCGCAAGAGAGGUUAUUCCUCUCCGCCUGUCAGUCCUGACAUGGCUUGGCCUCUCAUGACCACCCUUGGUCUCAUCGGUCUGGUCUCAGUUGGUCUCCCUUAUAUGACCCCUUAGCUCCAUCGCUGUAUUUACACGAACCCAGUUAAAUCAGUUUCAUACCACUUUAAUUGCCAUGGCUCCAUUUUACAGAACCUGUAGUUUGGAGAGCACUCCAAUCUGAAUUUCAUUUGCCUGAUUUAAUCCUCAGUCCCUCUUUUAUAGGUAAUUUGGGAACUAUAGUUCCUGGGAGUCUAUGAGAGCUGUCUAGCGGAGGAUCCCAAUUACUUUCCCAGACUAAAAAUCCCAGGAUUCCUUGGGAUGGAGCUGUGACAAUUACAGUGGUAUUACAUUGUGUUUUGCACAAGAUACCACUCUUGCUGUAUUUUAGAACAAGUGGUGGUAGCAUCAUCGCUUUCUGUUGCUAUACUAUACUUUUUAUACUAUAUUGUACUUUAGCAGUUUUCACAGUCUGAAUGUUUUUCCUUGCCAUGCGUUUGCUUUGUAGGGAUACCCAGUUAAUGAGGACUAUAAGCGAGAACCGUCCGCACUUCGUUUUCUCAUUGUUGUGUUUGUUCGAUGGGUUGCGACUCUGUGGGUUUUGUUGUUUCCGAGGAAAAGAA